AUGAUAUUAAAAGAUAUUUUAUUUCAAAAACCAAAGAUAAUUAAAUGUGAAGAAAAUGUUGAUGAUAUAAAUAAGGCAUCAUAUGCUUAUGAGGAUAAUAAUACAAGUAAUAAUGACUCAAUUAUUGAUAUACUAAAAAAAAUACCAAUAAACCCUUUUAUUGAUAGUAAUGAAAAUAUAAAUAAAUAUAAACAUGGUGUGGAAAAAAAAAGUAUUGAUAGAUAUACAGGUGUACAAGUAUAUGAAGAAAAUGAUGAAAAAGACCAUAAAAAAAAUAAGCCAGUAGAUUAUCCGUUUCCUAUUAAUAAAAAUGUAGUAUUUAAAAAAAAUAAAGUAAAUCAAGCUGAUGAACGUAUUAAUACAAAUUAUAGUAAUAUAGCUAGCGAUUUAUAUCCUGAAGAAGGAUUUAAAACAUUAAAUAAAGAUAAACAUUUUUCAUCUGAUUGGGAACUUUUAUUAGCACAUAAUCAUGGCUUAUAUAAUUUUAAAAAUAGUGACAACAAUGCUAUUAUAAAUAAAGAUAUGAAUUCAUUGAAUACUGAAAAUGAUAUUAGAAAUAAAUUAAAUUUAUAUACAGAAAGAAUAAAUGUAGAUAAUCCAAAUGAUGCUUGUAAAUAUUUAGCUAUAGAAGAAUAUAAAUGUUUACUAACACAUUCUUUUCAUAUGAAUCCUAACACAAGUAAUCAAAAAUGUGUAAAAUGGUUUAACGAAUAUAUGCAAUGUAAAUGGGAUGAGCAUAAACUUAAUUAUGGAUAUAAUUAUAUUGAAAAUAGACGCGAUAAAAAAUCGAAGGCAUAUAUUGCUGCCCCAGAUUAUCAAUACUCUUAA